AGCGGGGUUAACAACAAGAGUCUGCAGCAAUCAGGCAGCUGGAGCAAAAAAAUAGCUUGAGCUCCCUGAAGAAUAAAACACGGCUUUCUGUGAGCCUUAACAGGGAUUAUCGUACCGGAACGUAGCACAAAGACAUGAUGGCGUGAUGACACAGACAGGAUCAACUUCCUCCAUUGGCCCAAAGAAGUUGACUGACUGCACCUGCAAACAUCCAGAAGCACAAAACAUCUGUAGGGUGAUUUCUGUGGUGCCCACCAUGUUGGCAGCAGGUUGGAGGAUGAUAUUCACCUGACAGACAUCAAAAAUGAAGAUUGAGCAUGCUUUAAGGCUUUAUAUCAGCUGUUAAAACUGCUUCAGAGAUAAGGUUGUUGAAACAGUGUCUAUGAUGAACGGGCCCAUGGAAAAGAAUGGAGAUGCAGAGCUUGUGGGGAUGGGACUUCGUGUCUCUGUGUCCCCUGCACAAACUGCCUUUUACAUCAUCCUGGUGAUGCUGGGCAUCCUGGGUAAUGCCACAGUGGUUGGGGUGAUUGGUAAGAGUGUAAUCAUGGACCGUGGAGGUGGACGUAACUCGGACAUCAUUAUCAUUAACAUGGCACUGUCGAACCUGCUGGUGUCUGUGAUGAGGAACACACUGCUUGUCAUCUCAGACAUGGGACUCGAGCUGUACUCAUCCAAAGAGUGGUGUCAGUUCCUCAUGGGUGUCUGGGUGUGGCUGCGAUCAGUCAAUGUGUGGUCAACGCUCUUUCUCAGUGCCUUCCACCUGCAGACCUUGAGGCGGGUGGCUCCUACUAUUGGGAACCUUCAAAGGCCUCGGGGCGCUCCCAGGACCCUACUGCUCAGUCUGGGCCUCAUCUGGCUUCUAAACUUUAUUUACUCCAUUCCUGCUCAUAUCUUUUCCACUAGUGGGAACAUGAACAGCACAGAGACCCUGAUGCUGGUGAGCAGCACAACACGCCCCCUGCUGGGUUGUGUGUGGAACUUUCCCUCCAUCUUCAGUGGCCUGGCCUAUGCCACCACAUCCAUGGUGAUCCAUGAAACAAUUCCCAUAAUCUUGAUGGCCUUUACCAACCUGGGCUCCCUUUAUACGCUCUACACGCAUGGCAGGAUGCGCACCUCGGCGCAAGAUGCACCCGUCAUAAAGCGAGUACCAGCUGAGAGACGAGCGGCCAAGGUGAUUCUCGCUCUCAUCAUGCUCUUCAUUGCAUCCUGGGGAACCAGCAUUAUCUCUGUCAACUAUUUCAACUACAACCGCGGCUCGUCUGCUGAGUUUCUUCUGGUCAUUGCUCGAUUUGCCAACAUUAUCUUCAUUGCCAUGUCACCAGCUGUUCUGGCAGUUGGCCACCGGCGGCUGCGUUCUUUCAUGAAGUCUGUGCUCGAUCACUGACCGAGCAACAGUACACUCUGCUGUGCCAGUCUCCAUGUAUGCGUGUGACUGUAGAGCUGCGUGAUUGACUGGAUGAAAGGCAACUGAAAGCAUCUUUAUGUAGAUAAGGCUGAUAGUUGGUGACACAUUUUUAUUUGUACAGUCCAAAUAAAUGGUCAAAAGAAAAUGAACAAAAAUAUCAUGGACAUUUCCAUCAGGAUUUAUAAAAAGAAUGUCAAAAAUAUUUAUUUAGAUUACACUGAUACAUGAGUUAAUAAUUAUCAAAUACUGCCAAUGUCUUGAUCAUUUUGCUUUAUGGGUUAAGUGUAGAGUUGGUGUGAUUUGAAAGCAGAAUCAAAGGUUUACUGUUACUGUUUGAAACAGUGAUUCUCACAGUGGUGUGAGUGGAUACUUUGGAUCACAUGUAGGGUUGUUAAUGAGAGACAUGGUUUUAUUAAAGGUAUUAGUUACCAUGA